AUCGUGUUGUCAUUUCAUCAUUAAUUAAUUCACGAUGUGGCCGAGAAUUUACAGUCAGAUUGCUGUGCGUGCAAUUAAUGUUUCUGUUAGAUUUUAUUCGAAUCAUGGUUUAUACAGCUUAAAUUCAUGCCAACAACAAUGGUCUGUGAUGCGAUCGAUUCGUCGAUUGAAAACUACAUCGACGGCUACCAAAGGUCUUACCGAUACUGGUCGUUUAUUCAUUGAUUCGAUCAAACGACGUUCACCUAAAAAAAAGACUUUACAAUCGCAACAAACUACCGCAACUGAUGUGGAUGGCCUAUGUGAAAGGCCGGUGGUAGCAUUGAGUACAGCCGACGAAUAUAACCUUGAUGAUUUUGGUGCUGCAUUAGUGCAACAUGGUCUUUAUGAACAAGUUCGCUAUGAUGAUACCAUCCAAAACGAACUGAACGGACAAGUGUUACACAUGACAGCCAAAUACAAAUUGGAAGACGAAAACCGACGAGACUUUUUCGUAUUUGAUGAAGGUUCAAUCGUUUUCUGGAACAUGUCGGCCAGCGAAUGCGGUAUCGUGCUCAAAUUGCUUCGUGAAUUCGAAACCAAACCAUACGAACAGGACAUUGUAAACGAAGAACGUGAAGAGAUUGAUGUUGUGUUGACUAGGUCACCACCAUCGCGACUUUCUCGAGGUUUGAUUUAUCUCAACAUGGAUAACGAACCGAAUGCCGUCAAUUUGGAUAAAUUUGCCUUUUCCAAUGCGAUUGCAUUGUCAGUCAAGCUAUCGAUUUGGGAAGCAAAUCUAGAUCGUUACAUUGACAGUAUCGAAUACAUCACUCAGGAUAUGAAAGAAGGCCGUAAAAUCAAACUGACCCGAGAUGAAGUGUUUAGGAAAACUGGACAACUAUUUGGUCUUCGACAUAGACUCAAUCUUAGUUCAGAUAUGUUGGAUACGCCUGAUUUUUAUUGGGAUCGAGAAGAACUGGAACGAUUAUUUACGGCCACUUAUCUUCAUUUGAACAUUAACAAACGAACUCGGGUGAUGAAUGAAAAACUGAAUCAUUGUAUCGAAUUAAUGGAUCUGCUUUCCAGUCAUCUGAAUGAUAUUCAUCAUGUUCGACUUGAAUGGAUGAUCAUCAUAUUGAUUAUGAUUGAAGUUGUGUUCGAAGUGAUACAUUAUAUCGAGAGAUUUGCCAUUCCUGUCUGAUUAUUUAUAUAUAUUUUGUAACUUUUUUUCCGAUAAAAAUUAAAUAAAAUUUCAUAUUUCAAGUUUU